CUCCCGUUAUCGAUCAGUCGCGUGUUAGUCCACCGUGACAUGGAGGAUCUUCUGCUGCAGAUCGUCCGAGAAUCAAGCAAUGCAAAAUUACAAAAUUUGCGGAAGUCUGCGCAAGAAGCGUAUGACUUUCUGGACAAACAGCAGGGAUUACUACGCGAUCCACCCCACGAAUUACGAGCAAAAUGUCUACAUACCUUUCAGCUAGCACUAGAAACGAAGAGGAGCAAAUUCGUUGCAUUUGGUCUGUCGGGAUUACAUAAAAUGUUAAGGGACGAUAGAUUCCAGUCACCGUACGAGCCAGAGGAUGAUUCUCUUUGGCUACCCGCGCAAAUGUUGCACGCAAUGAGUUCCAUGUUAUCCCAAUCUGACGACACGCAGACGGACAUGCUAAAAGUUCUGUUACAAGUUGCCUGUUCCUCUUACUGGACGAUGAACGGUCGUUUAAUAAUCGCCAUUCUCACUACUUGCUGCGAGGCUUUCGAAAAUGGGAAUCAAGCGGUGAGGACCGCGGCUCAAGCUGCAACCAGUCAAACGUUACGGUCUUUUUGCCUAUUCCUAGACGAGGAAUGUCAAGAAAUGGACGAGAAUGCAAAGAAGAAUAAGAAUUUAUGGGAAAGAGGUGUCUCCUGUUUCAACGAAGCUCUGCCAAUUCUUCAAUACAUCUGCAGCAAACUGGACGAAGCUCAGAAGAAACCUUAUUACAGUAAUGGAAGAAAUGGAAACACCGUGGUAUUUCUGUUGGAAUGUCUGCAUACCUUGAUAUCCUCCUUGCCGCAGAAAAUUCAUACGAACGCACAUUUUACCACCUUCCUCUGGCAGAAAUUCUGUCCUGCACUGAUAGCUUUCCUAGGUACACCGAGGGUCGACAAGACGUUCACGUCUAGGGAAGGAAAAGAGAACGAAAUUGGAAGAGGAUCUGGAUACUUGGCCACUUCUUUGAGCUUCGAUAGUCACCAGGCUAAAACUGUUUAUAGCAUUGGAACAGAAUUAGUUCGAUUAGUGGGCUGCGUGGGACCCCUUCGUCCAGUUUUAGAAUCAGUAUUUCACAGAAUGUUACUGUAUCCUCCACCUCAGCAACGCUUAGAAUCUUUGAAGGCUUUGAAAGAGCUUUUACGAAGUCCUAGUCGAAUCGUUGACUUUGCCGGUCCAUUAUUGGUGGAAGAAGAUAAAUCUAGUCAUAUUCAGAGCGACAUGGCCUUGAUGAGAUUAUCAAUGGAUUCUAUCGAAGAAUCAACAACUGGUGGUUUAAGUACAUUGCACGCUAGUGUAUCGUGCGUGGUUGCAAUGCUCUCCGCUCUUCAGGAAUUAUGCGAGGGGAAGGCUAUUAAUCACACCUACACGUGCACGAUCAAUAGCUUGUACGAAGACUUGGAAUCCUGUGACUACAAAGGACCUUUGACUUAUCAGUGCAUGGCACGGUUGCCGAAAACAUACAGAGAGCAAUUGGAGCUCAUGAAGAAGGGAAUAGGCUCCGAUUCUGACUCCUCGGGGCACGGUCCAUCGGAAGAUGGUGAUUCCACGGACACAGAAGGUCCACAGAACGAAUCUGACGAGGUUCAGGAAGAAAAUAGCUUGGAAGACAACGACUACGCGAUAGAGAACGAAAGGGAGAGAUUGAGAUUAGAAAAAUUACCAAAGUGUCUUCACGUGGGUCGUCAGGUGGCUGAUGAAUGCAACGUGGAUAUGGAAAGACAUAAUGCUAGAAAGUUCGUCAGGACAUUGAAAAGCGACUUGAUUCCUAUGGUUUUGAGUCUCAGAAGCAAUAUAGAAGUCGACGAAGCUCUGCAGAAUUUUGCUUCGGAAUAUUGUCAAGGAGUUUUCACAGCACAACAAAAGAUGCAGGAACAGACGGACACCAGUACAGAUUCAUGUGCCUUGAUUACGAUCAUGAACGCCGAUGGAAUUUACUUGGCCACCUAUGCGGCAUUAUUGUUGAACUUGAAGUUGAUUAGGAUUAAUUACUAUCACGAGGAUAAUCGUCAGGUCCCCAUCAGUGAGGAACAAUUUGUGGAAGAAGUACACGGAUCUGGAGUUCUAGUCUAUCUUUCGGCAACCUGGUUGUCUGAACUUUACCAACAAGUUCUGGCAUGUAAUUUACUCGAGAAAUGUGGCUAUAAUCCGCACUACACGGAUAACAGUGCUCUGAUAAACGUAUUAACUGAUGUUGAUGGGAUUCCUGGAAGCCAGAGAGGCGGACAGCUUUUGUCUGACUACAUACGAUUAGAAAAAGCUCAGCUAUCUCGAAGCGAACCAACACCGGAAGCGGAAGCAGGAGCGAAGCUUUCGAGAAGAGUAUUGACGUGUUGUUGGGGAAGCAUGAUGACUGUGUUGACGACAGGAUUGAAUCCUCCUAAGGAACAAAAUAACAAGGGAAUACUGAGCAGAGACGGUGGUAGACGAGGUAUCAGGGAUACUGUGAUCUUGUCGUUGGAAGGUCUUCAUAAAGCUGCAAUUUUGAGCAAUGUACUUGGCCUGCAGAAUCGUUGUGGUUCUAUCUUCGCUCUGCUGGUGAAAGCAGCCUGUACAGAGCAGUCUAUUUCGAAAAUCACGAGGACGAAGGACGUUCUGCGCCUGAAAUUACAAAACAGAGCAACUAAUAUUCACACAUCACACGCGUUGAGUAUGGACGUACUUCUGGGCAAGGGUUUAGAACUUGGAAGUCAUGGCAGCGAUUGCUGGCCUCAUGUUUUCACGUGUUCUUUGUACGUGAGCAAAUUGGAACAUGAUUUCUUUGGAAAAAAUCAGAAUCCAUCGCUUCCUAAGACUCAGCAGAAGAAAGACAAGAAAGAUAGUUCGAAUGGAGAUCCAAAGGGAAGUCAAGAUAGGCUAAAACUUAAUUUCAACAUCACCGAGGAAGAAGAAACUUGUGUCGAUGUCUAUAGUUUUCUAUCCAGUCCAUACACACAAAACUCCAGUACAGACACAAUCCCAGAAAUAAUCCAAGAAUCGAACGCGGACAGUCAAUUUAAUGGAAUACUUCCUGCCGACUAUGCCGCAAAAAUUAUCUGCGUUUUAUCCCAACAAGUCGACAGGCUAUUUGAAAAUGCUGCGCUAAAGUUGAACCUUAAAGCGUUAUGUCUAUUCUUGUCUGCUCUUUGCAGAGCUAGCAAAGCUCAGUUAUUCAAAACCACGGAUGGUCUCAAAGACAAUAAGAGGUUCUGGUGGAGAAGAAGCAAACCCAGAGAAAACGAAAUGAAUGUGCUGCUCUUGGCUCGUUUAGGAGAAGUUAUGUUGAAGUGCGUGAAGAGUGGAAGGCCCCUGAUUCAUAUAAUGAGGGUUUGGAGUAUCCUAGGGCCACACUUUAUGGAGGCAGCUUGUCACAAGGACCGUGGCAUUUCAAAAAAAGCAGUACAAUGCAUUCACGACUCGAUGGCAGCUUUGCUGAACGAGCAAGUGGAAUUGCCUCAUUUCCAUUUCAACGAGGCUCUUUUCAAACCUUUCGAGAACCUAUUGUGCCUAGAACUAUGCGACAGUGACGUUCAGGAUCAAAUCGUCAGUUGCAUCUGUGAGUUCGUCGAGACCAACAGAACCGAGAUUCGAUCAGGCUGGCGACCUCUUUUCGGAGCGCUACGUGUAGCUUCAGUUGGUAAUUCAGAUUCUGUCGAAUCUGCGCCACUCCUGGAGGUCUUCAGGGUCUUCCUAUCCACGGACAACACGCUUGUAUUCGCCAAUGCGGCGCUAGAUUGCAUUCUAUGUCUCUUGAAGCACGUCCGUGGAAUCGGUGACACGGAGGGUCACCAGGAUGAUCAGGAUCAGAUCGACGUUGCAGAAUCCAGAAGAAUGAGACUCUGUGUCGAAAGUUUGAAAUAUCUUCUCAGCUGUUCUGACAUUCUUGCAUCGAUGUAUGGCAUGCCAGCUUGCCCGAUUUUCCAUUCAGCUCAAAGAAUCCAAGUUUCGACCAUUCCUCAAUACGUCGAUCCUACGAUACCCAAUUCCGAGCUGAUCAGAUUCGAUAAACACGCUGAAUCGAUGCAGGAUACCAUACCUGAAAGACCACACGAUGUAUUAAUGGAUAACGUUCAUACAAUUACAACUUUGCAAAGUAUGGACAAGCCAAGUGGCAUUCUGAGAGUCUGGUACAUUUUGAUCGAAGGCCUAGCAAGCGCUACCAUGAUUUGUCCUAAACGUUAUCAACCUCACGCGUUGGAAACCUUGUUCCAUUUACUGAGAGACACGUUGAAUGUUCCUGGGCCAACGUUUGGUUUAUACUGUGUCAAUCACCUGCUUCUGCCUAUGGUGCAGAACUGGUUGAGGAGGACGUCGAAGAUCUUCAGAGGAUGGGACAAUUUCGCGCCUAAUUUUAAACAAUGCUGUGGACUGACUACGGAUUUGGUUGUUGAUUACUUAACUCAUUUACAAGGACCCGAGGUACUUAGAAACAACGCCUAUUUAUCAGCUACGACGUUGAUGUUGAAGCAAUUGUUGCUAGUAAUGGCGGAAUGCGUGGUCCAACCCACGGAGAGUAUAGCUCGUCUAGGUUGCGCCUGUAUUAGGCACGUUCUAGUGAGCAGCGGACCGCUACUCACCCCAGAACAAUGGGAAGUUUGCGGCGUCGCCUGUUACCGCGCUUGUUCAAAUUCCCUGCAAGAGUUGCACCAGCUGACCAUGGCUUUCUCGCCGAGAUCCGAGUCCUUUUACGGUGACGUUGCACAGGUCAAGGUUGCAGCGCGACGAGAUGCGACCAUCGAAGAAUCAGAAAGGCUGCGACAGCUCGCUGCUCAGGUGUUCCUCCUGGAGGAACAACGCACCGAAGAUACUUCGAGAAGAUCUGACGACAGAUCCUACGUUUUCCUUCUGUAUCCACCCUCGGUGGCUUCCACACUCAAUCCCGACCUUUAUAUCGUUAGAGUUCAGCUCAGAGCCUUGAUUGUUGGCCUCUUGGUCCAUCAGAUGCUUCUUCAUUGCAUCGCCAUUAUUCUUUUGCAAGGUCCUGACUCGUCUUUCCCUAGUUUGUCUAACGUCAUACCACAAUCAGCAGCAUCGACAUCGACAAAAACAGUGAUACCAGGUUUCCUGUCUUGUCUAACCAAUCACCACAUAGACAUUUUUCUCUCAGCUUUGGAUCUAUCUUACGCAACCGCUUUAAAAUUUGACUGUCGUCCUGGAUUAAAAUUCUUGGUCCAAAAGGUAGCUAAUCUGCCUCAACCAGCGAAUCUCUAUCGUCAAGCUGGAGUGGCUUGGACAAUCAAGAUCGUCACUCUAUUCGAGCUCUGUUUACACAAAAUAGAAGACACGCAAGCUAGCCUAGAAACCGUGAAAAUGAUCCUCGCUUCGAACUCAGGCGACAGAGAACCCCUCAAAGAACCGAGUCUUCGAAAACUCUCGAAAUAUCUGAAACAAUUACGGACUACAUUCGAAGAACUUUGCGAAAGUUACGUGGAAGUGGUUUUGGACGAAGAUGGAAGACACACGAGAGUAGAUAGCUUUUCCGAAAGGAAGAUAUUUUUGCUGAUAGCUCAACCGGACGAUUUUCCAGAGAUCACAGGAAAAGAACCGAUCAGUGACAGAGUUCUGGCUACUCCAGCUCCCAUCGAAUUGCCCGAAGGUCCAGACGAUAUAGAAGAUGGGGAAGAUCAAAUGGAUCAAGAAUAUCAAGAAGAUCAGGAGGAUAUCGAGAACUAUAAUCCAAAUUUGGACGACGAAAGUGGAUUGGAGGAGCUUGGUCCAGAGUGUGAAGACGAUCCGAGACCUUUUAGGCUGUCCGACCUAGCGGUGGAGUAUUCUACUGAUUCUGGUCCCCAGUCUGAACCGGAAACCGAUGACUCUAGACCAGUCUCUAGAUUAGGAUCGGUCACAGAGAAGGCUGUGUACCCUGAUAGAUCCGGCGGUACUUCCAGCGAAGGAUACAUAGAUGGAAAAUACAAUUCUACUACACCAGCACCUUCACGAUUCAUUAAUACCAGAGAUAAUUUAUAUUACAAGUUUGAUUCUUUAAGAAGAACCGAGUCUGUCGACUCUUUUGGGACUUCUGUGUUGGAAAUAAAAUCUACGAACACUGGCUUGACGUACGACGAAGCUGAUUUGUUCAGGAAAUCAAAGUUGGAGAGAAGAAGGAGCGAUGCUUGUUUGUUGGCUCGGAAAAGUUCCUUGAGAUUCGUCGAGCCAGUUGAAACCGACGACUCUGAGAGAUUCGUGAGGUUCAAUCCUAGGAAUAUUCGAUGUAGAUCGGUGAUGGAACUGAGAAAAACAGCUGGGUCCACGGUGUCUGAAUCGUCGAACGAUCUUGAGAUGUCUCCGCGUGUUUCCUCGAAAAUUGGAGAAAAGGAAGAGGAUGAUUUACCUAAAAUUUUUGAUAAUAUAGAUGAGUUGCUCCGUGAUUACGAGAGAAGCAAACGAGGCUUUAGAACUAAUCCGUUUUUAAGAAAGGAUGGCGGUGAUUCUAACGCGGAGACUGAAGAGAUAGCAAGUCAGGAAUCUGCCUUUCAUAAGAAGAGUAAUGUAUGCAAGGAUAGCGAAGCUCACAGGAAUGCUUGGGCAGAGAUGCUGAGCACAGUUUUGGAUUGGACUCUGGCUUUAUCUGAUGAUCAACUGAUUCCGCUGCUUCCUGUUUUCGUCAGCGGUGUAAGAGUGUUGACACGGUACGCGGUCGACCAGGUUCUCAAGCAACGACUGUCCACGCUUUUUCAUCGAAUCGCGGUGUUAUACGGGUUGACGAGCAAUUAGGAACAGCUUCAAUACAUCUGGGAACAGAUGUAUUUUCACAAUUCAUUCUGAAGUUCUUUGGUGCUAAUCGAAGACACUGAAUGUUAAUCGAGUGUCUGCAGGAAAUUUGAGCGUUGAAAGGAUGUUUGAGACUGUUUCUCAGCGUUUACAAAGAAUCUAUGACUGUUUGAAGAACGUAACUGGUUUCAGUCAAUAUAUUCUCAAUAAGUAUUAAAUCUUCCACUUUACGACGAAGAAGAACGUUAAUAGACUGAUGACCAGAGUCAAUCUACGAGUUUAAGACGACAGAUUGUUGUAUUUCAGGAUGUUUUUCAAGAUGAGCAACCAGCGAACGAUUUUAACUCUAUUUUAAGAAGCUGUAUUUUCCACAUUCAUCCUCUUGCUGAAGUUUUAAGGACCAUUUCGCAUGUCAUGAUCAUUAAUCGACUUGGAGAAAGAGAUCGGAAAUUUGACGAGGGAGUAAGGUAUAAAGAUCCUUUCUUCAUCCAUAAUUUUCACCAAGAAGGGAAAAAGAGAUAACAAGGAUUCCACGAUUCUCGUGAAGAUCAAAGAUCACUUCGUUACGCGACUAACAAAGUCGCACGAAAAAUUGAACCAACUUUGAGUAGUAUAAAUAGGAGCAUUGCGUCCAUAAUUCUCUUCAAAAAAGAAAGAGAUUGCACGAUUAGCAAGAAGAUCAACGACGAUUUUGUUACUUGGAGAAAAAUACCAAUUCUCAGUUUCACAAGGAAGCGAAUGAUUUUCAAUUCGUACAGCGGAAUCUGUUACAUCGUGCAUAUAUAAACGAUAAUAUAAACGUUAUGCAUGCGUAAGCGAUGAACGAUAUUGAAAAAGGAGGAAAAACGAGAAAGAGGUUCCAUAUCAAGGGAUCAUCAUCUACGUCAUCUCCUUAGAAGUUCCACGAUAAAGAAGAUAAAAGAUCGUUUCGUUUCUUCGCAAACGAAUAUAAAUUCUCAACUUCACGAAGAACUGAGCGAUUUCCAGUUCGAACAGUAUAAUCAGAAACAUCAUAUACGUAAGAAAACAACGUAACUUCGAUUCAUUUUUCAAAGGAAAGAAACGAUGUCCCCUUUUCAUCGUGGAAGCCUCGCCUAUCUCUAGUUUACCGCUGAGACGCGUCGACACGGAGAGACAAGGAUUUUAUUUACGAUCCACUCUGCACGCACAUCUUCUCGAUUCUCAUUUUAUGCUCUUUGCGCUUAACUGUAGUUUGCGGUCCAGUCGCAGAGUCGGAUGUACCGGGAUUUUACAUCCAUCGGUCGAACACACGCGUCGCGACCAGUUCGAUACAUUUCGUUAGCUGCCACGGAGUUUACCUAUGGAUUUUUCGACAUUUUUAACAGAAUUCUGCGAUUUUUCCUUCUUUUUUUUUUUUUAACGAGGUACCAACGAUUUCUAACGAAAUUCUAUAAUUUUUCCAGCUUCUAUUUUUCUUCCUUUUUUAAGAGAAACUAGCUAUUUUUAAAAGAAUUAUAGAAUUUCUUUUCUUUUUUUUUCACGGAAAAGGAGGAAAUUCAUAAAAAAUCUCAGAGUGAUUCUUCUGCCUCAAUAUAUCUAAAAAUAAAUCUAGAACUUCCAAGAACAAGGAAGUGCAUUACAUGUUUCUUUCUAGAUUUACUUUUUGAAAUAUUUCUCACUCAACUAUAUUCCAUUUUUUCUGAUUCAUCCAUGAAUUGGAUACAUCAGAGAGUUACUGUUACUAGUAUAAAAGACGAGAACGUAAUUAGCGAGUUAAGAGUUAAAGAUCGACGUUGAUUUUGGAAGUUAGAAACAGAUUGCCUAGGAUAGAAAUAUUAUUUUUCGUGUGAACAAAAUGAAGAAAGAGGUUCAGAUUGAUAGAAAGCUUUCUGAUUUUGCCAAAGAGUUCUUAAAUGCAUCGUAAUUGAAAACAAUCGUAGCGAAAUGAGACGAAAAAUAAGAAGAAAAAGAAAAUGAAAAUGACGUUAUAUUUUCCUGUAAAUAGUAAGUCUUGCUGCUGGUUCAUGGCGAUACGAUUAAACCAGACGGGCUAGAUAUUUUUAUUGUUAAUUUUUAUCGUUACGAUAUUUAGCCGACGACUAGUAAAUGAUUUUGAGUUUCGUUUAUCGCUUCGAUAUAUAUUAUACAUAUAUUUUGUAUAUCGUUUGUAUGUUAAAAACGAGAAGAGAAGAAUUGACGAUUGUUGUAUAAAUCGAUCCAUUGCCCCCUCGAAUUUUCUAAUUCUGUCCUCAGAUAAUUCCAUCGGUGUUGUAAGUAUUGUUGAGCGUCAGAUCCUUUAAAUGAUGAAAAAAAAAAAAAAAUAAGAAUGUGGAGGGGUUACUUAUUGAUAAUAAAACGUGCCUACGUAGAACCCUGUCUUCUUUUGUUUUUUCUUCUUUAAAAAAACAACACACACGAAAAAGAGAUAAACGAAAUUUACUCAAAGCCGAAUAAUUUUCUCCGUGCGAGAAAAAGAACGAAAUGCGGACAGUAUUGACACAUAUAGUAUUUUUAAUCGAGAUCAGCGUAACUUGAGCACGAUAGACAAGUAAGAGAUGUAUGAGCGUGAAACGUUCGAUUAUUUCAAGUUAAUAAAAUUGUACUACCGAA